AUGCAAACUCGUGCACGAGAAACUCGAGAAGAAACAACAGUCACAAGGACCACGGAUGUCAGCAAACUCAUCACCUUGGACCUCGGAAAUCCGACUCAAGCCGGAGAUUUAAAAUUGAACUUGAGGAAGCGCGCUUCCGACCUCUCCGAAUGGUCGCACAGUGAACCCGAAGACUUGAACAUCUACGAUCCUCGGCUUUGGGAGUGUUUCGGCGAUUUUUAUCCACCAGAGCGCGAUCGUGCAACGGUUGGAGGACGUCCGUUCGGAAUAAUCCGGCCUUUCCUAAUAUUGGAUCGAUGGUUGGCGUUCCAGAAGAAGAGGUGGGCUACAUUGGGGAUGUUUUUACAGGCCUGUUAUGAUUGGUGGUAUGGAGUUGAACAGGUGGGAUUUUUCUUCGAUUUUUUUGGAUUUUAGGUACUAAAUUGAGUUUUUGGCUGGUAUAAAAUGGAAUUGCCUUUGGAAGAGCGAAAUUUGACAAGGUAUAGUUGAUACUGUCAAUAGUAGAGUGUAUUCGGUCGUUUACAUCAGGGUUUUCCUCAAAAUUCAAAAAUUAUUGCAAUAAUUAGCUAGAUGCAUAGUGCAACAUCACAUUUUGCGCAAUUUUUUAAACUGAAUUGGAUAGAAUAAGAAAUAGGCAAACGGGAGGGACAGUGUUUCUUGCCCUUUGAUCGUUUUUAGUGAACAAGCAGCAAUUUGACUUUAAUUUAGGGACCUGGUCAGAAAUACUUGACGGAUUUCGAGGCUCAAACUCGGCCAAAACCCAUUGAAGGAAAAGAGACUCAAUCAACAACUAAUCAGGCGACUAACGUUACUGCCGUCACCAAAGUGGAUCUGAAGCCGAAGCCCAAACCGAAAGGUCUUACCGAAUGGAUCGUUGACGACAGCCAUGACGAAGAAAGCUGGGCCGAUCCCGAUGACAGCGACUCUAUGCCUCUGGAAAAUGAUCUAUGGCCUGUGUAUGAGAUUUUCAAGGAUCGGGGGGUGAGUUGUAGAUGUCUUUGAUCAAUUUUUUAUCAUUUUAGGUAGGUCUCGACACCGAUGGAGACAUAUCCGACCUGGAGUUUUUGCCAGGGAAAAGAUGCGUGAAGAAAAAGAAAAAGCUUGGUGGUGUACCAAAAGAUCUGCAAUUUAUCACGGAAGAUAUUUGGGAUCGAAUCAUCGGUGAAACAGUGUAGGUUAUUUUAAUUUUUUGUUGAAACUUUAGGGAUGGAAGAAAAGAAGUUUGCGCUAGACUAGGUUUCGUGUUUAUCAAUCGAAAGGAUCUUUGGGCUCUUUUCGAGCGAUAGCGACAUGUUCCGUUGUGGUCUAGUGGUUAGGAUUUGCGGCUCUCACCCGCAAGGCCCGGGUUCGAUUCCCGGCAACGGAAGAAAGUUUUUUUUUGAAAUAUAAAUAAAAUGGCCAUUGUAUUCUAGGUGGCAGUUUUAAAUCGUUAGUUUUUUAAAGCUACGACAAAAAAUAUUUUCUGUUGAGACUUUUUUGACGAUUUUUUAUUGGAUUUCUCUGAAAUUUCUGGUCUUUUUAGCCCCAUUCCAUCGUUUGCCCUGGAGAUGUCAGCCAAACGCGUCAAAGAGGAGGAAGACAUGGAGCAAACAAGAAUCAAGAAUCUCAGGAAUUCAGCUUGUUCAAACGCUGGCAGAUCGAGAAACAGGAUGCAGAAGAGAAAGGCUGAGUAA